AGGCGGGCCCGGCGGUUCCGGAACAUGGCGGAAGGUGAAGGCUGGCGGCCGCCGCGCCCGUGCGAGGCCUACCGCGCGGAGUGGGAGCUCUGCCGCAGCGCCGGGCACUUCCUGCGCCACUACUACGUCCACGGCGAGCGGCCGGCCUGCGGGCAGUGGCGGCGCGACCUGGCCAGCUGCCGCGAGUGGGAGGAGCGCCGCAGCGCCGAAGCCCAGCGGUCCCUGUGUGAAAGCGAGCGGGCCAGAGUUCGGGCUGCACAGAAGCAUGGCCUGGUGUGGGCGCCCAGGCAGAGCCCCCCAGAAGACUGGCACCUCCCUCUGCCUGAGGACAAGGACGGGUGACCGACCCAAACAGUCCAGAGGGCCCCUGGGAGCUUCCACCUAGCCUGGGACGUGGAGCCCUUGCCUCCAGCCUCGCCUGCCCUGCCGUCACCACCAGGCUUGGAGCCGGUCCACCCAGCAUGCAGUGUCCCUGUGGGCAGCCAGGGAGGCUGUCCCAAGGGCUGGGCUCCUCAGACGAACCCUCCAGGGGCAGCUGUGACCCGUGGGGACACUUGGGGGGGAAUGAGGUGGCCCCCCCACCAGCCCUGCUCUGGUGGCCACCACGCACCUCGGUCCUCUCCCGCCACGGCCACUCACUGCUCCUUCCCUCGGAAUUUCACCCAGUCGUUUUUAGAAAACGUGGAUUAUAUCAAAAGACAUUUCACAGGUUUGAUUCCAAAUAGAAACUGUAAAUUACAUCCAGGUUUUAAUAUUGAAAGAGUUAGAGGCAGGCAGUGUUAGAAUUUUGUACAUUCUUGCAGAUGCUUUUAAAAUACAUGUCCUUGAACCAAGGAGAACCCUC